AUGGACACAGCUAGCAGCCUGCUGUGGAUCAACUGCGAGCCGUGUGGGGUCCGCGUGCAGUGGCCCAUUUACGACCCCAAGGAUUCCUCCUCUUACCGGGUGGAGGACUGCCGCAACACCCAUGUGUGCGAUGCAUCAGGCGCCAUCAAGAUUGAUUGCCAAGCCAGGAAUUACAAUGUCAAGGGCUGCAGUUACAGUGUGGUGUAUGGGAGCGGCUACAGUCAGGGGAACCUCGGUCGGGAAACAUUCAGGCUCGGCAAGGACCGCCGGGAGGUCGUCGAGAAUGUCGUCUUUGGGUGCGCGCACAGGACUAACCUGUACAUGAACGGCAUCCUCGGGCUGGGCCACGUCCGCAUAUCCCUCGUCUCACAGUACGGAGCCUCCAAGUUCUCAUACUGCAUCGGGGACUUAGCCGACCGUUCGUACGCCUACAACAUGCUCGCCAUAGGGAGCAACGUCCAGCUGUGGGGCGCGUGGACCCCACUGUCGGCCGAGGACAAGUACUACGUGAACUUGGUGCGCAUAGCCAUCGGCUCCACCUGGCUCAAGACCAACCGCUGGCUCUUCUGGAGGAACCCCAAAGAGUACACAGGUGGGGUGGUGGUGGACUCCGGCUCGACCCUCAGCUUCAUCCCCAUGAAGGCGUUGGCCGAGUUCGAGAUGACGACCAAGAAAGUGAUUGAGGACGAACUUCGCCUCCCUCUGGCCCCUGUCCACAGUAUCAUCUACGAGCGCUACACGAGGUUGUGCUACAGAGGGGUCGUGGCCAGGGACCUAAAACGGUUUCCAAAAGUGACUUUUCAUUUUCAGAACCGCGCGUACAUGGAGCUCACCCCAGACAAUGUUUUCCAGCAGGUCGAGAUAGAGAUCUUCUGCCUGGCGAUCCUGCCGUCGGAGAUUCUAAAGACAACUGUCAGCAUCCUCGGAAAUUUGAUGCAGCAGAAUUUCAACAUUGCUUACGACCUUCUCGAAAAAAAGCUGGCAUUCAAGAGGAUAAAAUGUAAGAGAGUCGAGGAUUACUAUGGUCAUGAUGAACUGUGA